CUCCCACCGGGACGACCAUAGUCGCUGUGUGCACACGGGCCGAGAAAUUAUUUUUAUUGCAUUUCCUCUACGUUUCUUUGCAAGACGUCCCGUACGCGUCGCACGACGGUGUAUUAUUAUGCCACGGUACACGUGCGCCCGAUCGCCAAUGCACCACCGGGAAUAACGUUUUCACCGUUAUUAAAAAUUAAUUCGUUUUGUUCUAUGAUAUAUUUGUUUUCUCCCGCGUUUCUGUCGCCGCGAGACGACGGUCGUCCGACAAACGUCCUCCACGUUACGUACACUUUAUAAUAUUUUUUUGAUCAACAUCUGUGCAAAGUCAUCGGCCGACAACAUUCGCUACUGCAUGCCAACAAAUAUUUCCGCUUUAACAUUUUCACGUUAAACGCGUGCCCGCAGUCCGCACACACAUCACCCGAUUGUAUACAUCGCGCACGCACGUUGACGGACACGUAUAGAACGGCGGUGGGCCCGGAAGGCAUCACGGUGGUGUCGACGGAAGAAGACGGACGGACGGUGGCCGGCGCCGGCUACUGGACGGGCGGCGCGACCGGCGGCGACGCUGACGCCGCGGUCGCGGCAGCACGUUGGCAGUCAACGUUGGGCACGCUGGGCGGCGGUGGUGGCGGCGGCGGCGGCGUCGUUGUCGGCAAUGUCGGUAACGGUAGCGGCGGCGGUGGCGUCGUCGGCGGUAACGGCGUAGUGGGUGGCGGCGGUGGCGGCGAACUGGACCCCGUGGCCGCGUGGGGCCGCAAACUGUACGCCACGCCAGGCAACCAUCACCGGAACGCCACCGCGGCCGGCCUCAUGUUCGGCCUGCACCACCACCAUCACCAAGAUACCGGAACGCCCGGUGGUAUAUCCGGACUGCACCAUCAUCAUCACCAUCAUCACCAUCACCAGCUCCGGGGUCCAGUUACCGGGCUCAAAGAAGAACCUUUGGCCAACUCACAGCUGUCCGUUCCCCGUUCAUGGAUGCAACCCUCCAUCAUCGAUCAGAGCAGUAUCGGCGUGGGAAGGGCACAUUUUGAAAAGCAACCUCCUAGCAAUCUGAGAAAAUCCAAUUUUUUUCAUUUCGUGAUCGCGCUGUACGACAGGUCUCAACAGCCAAUUGAAAUCGAACGAACUGCGUUCAUUGGAUUCAUCGAAAAGGAUCAGGAAUCCGAGUCACAGAAGACCAACAACGGUAUUCAGUAUAGACUUCAGCUGUUGUAUGCUAAUGGUGUGCGACAAGAACAAGACAUAUAUGUGAGGCUCAUCGAUACCGUUACCAAACAGGCCAUCAUUUACGAGGGUCAAGACAAGAAUCCAGAGAUGUGCCGGGUGCUGCUAACGCACGAAGUCAUGUGCAGUCGAUGCUGUGAUAAGAAAAGUUGCGGCAACAGAAACGAAACGCCAUCUGAUCCAGUCAUCAUCGACAGAUUUUUCUUGAAGUUUUUCUUGAAAUGCAAUCAAAAUUGUUUGAAAAACGCUGGAAAUCCCAGAGACAUGCGGAGGUUUCAAGUGGUCAUUUCAACACAAGUUACAGUUGAAGGUCCUUUAUUAGCUGUAUCGGAUAACAUGUUCGUACACAACAAUUCGAAACACGGACGCCGAGCAAAACGUUUAGAUCCAAAUGACGGUAUGUUUUCUCCUCUACCCGUGGCGACACCAUGUAUAAAACACAUUACACCGAGUGAAGGAUGGACGCACGGCGGAGCUUCGGUCACUAUAUUGGGUGAUAAUUUUUUCGACGGUUUGCAAGUGGUUUUCGGCAGCAAUCUAGUUUGGAGCGAACUAUUGACUCCACACGCCAUACAAGUGCAAACACCGCCCAGGCCCAUACCCGGCAUCGUGGAGGUAACGUUGUCAUAUAAAUCCAAACAGUUUUGCAAAGGAUCUCCCGGCAGAUUCGCGUACAUAUCACUCAGCGAACCAACCAUCGAUUACGGUUUCCAAAGACUACAAAAAUUUGUACCCAGAUAUCCAGGUGAUCCCGAAAAACUACCAAAGGAAGUGAUCCUGAAGCGUGCAGCGGAUUUAGCGGAAGCGCUGUACACGAUGCCCCGAAACAAUCAACUUUCGCUAUCACUGCCCAGGUCACCGUGCUCGCGGGACAGGGACAGCAACAACAUGUCGUCGUCGGCGGGGGCGGUAGGCACUGGGUUCAACCCGUACACCGGACAGCUAGCGGUGACUGUACACGACCAUGGUGCUACUGGUCAAUGGAACGACGACGAUUACGGACGCGGUCAAAGCAGCAGCGUAUCGCCCCGAGGUGGUGGUUACGGGUCCAGCGCAUCGACGCCGCAUUCAACCAACGGCACGAACGGAAGCACGUACAUAAAUCCGCCGCCAACCAGUGGCGGAGGUGGUGGCGGUGGUGGAGGUGGAGGUGGUGGAAGCGGCGGCGGUGGCGGAGGCGGUGGAAAUCCGUCCAAUUCCGGUCCCAACAACAGUAACGGGGGAAAUUCCGGCUACAACGGUUCCUCCAUACCUAACACCACAUCGUCCGCGUCGUCCGUUCAACUGACCAACAUGAACUCGCCCACGGCCACUUCGCACCCAUCACUCUUCAAUUCUUCUUCGAGAAUGGGCACAUUGGUAACAUCUCCAUUCGCCAUGAAUCCGUUCGCUCUACCCAACUGCAACGGACAGCCAUACGCCACGAGCCCAUUAAUCAGUUCGUCUGCGAAAUAAAAUAUUUACCAAGACACAAUGCGCAGCCUUUGAAAUAGUGUCGAUUAUGUUUCUAGUAGUUGUUCAACUUAAUCGACUGUACACGCCAAUUCGGGAAUAGAACACUUCCGUAUAAUAGGUUUAAAAUACGCAUUGUUAUUAUCAAAAUAAUUUAAUCAUUAUCUAUUAUUAUUAUUAUUAUUAUUAUUAUUAUUAUCAUUAUUAUUAUUGUUAUUAUUAUAAUUAUUAUUAUUACAGUCCGGAUUUUCGUUUAAAGAGUACACUUAAAAUAUGUCUAUGUAACGUAAAAUGCUUACAAAGGUACAUAUUAAAUUAUAUUACAUUUCAAUUAAUUCUAGAAAAAAAAAUUAAUUCUACAUUGUUUAAACAACUUUUCUAUACUGAGAUUCAAAACAUUUUCCGUUACUAAUUCGUUUACAUAAUUACAUAACCACAUAGGUACUCUUAAAGACCAUGAAGAUACGUAGUACAUAUAUUUUUAUUCAUACAUGCUACUUAUAAAUGGUCUCUAUAUUUUAAUUUCUACUACGAGACCAUAACAGAUAAAUAAGAUAAUGAUCAUACAACUUAACCAUAGAUGGAACAUAAGACCUAAUAGUUUUUUAUAAACUCUGUAAUUAGAAAAAAUAUAUUAAAAAUUAAAAUAAUAUUUUCUA